UAUGAUUUUAUGACACUUGGAAGGACUCAAUUCCAUACUUCAAAGAUAUCUGCUUAUACUUGUUUUCCUCCUCAGGCUUCCACUCAAAAUCUAAUUGGUAGCUUCAGAAAAGAAGCAAAAUUCUGAAUGGCUUCCACAAGAGACAAAGAUGAGGCUGAACCUCAAAGAGGCUAUUGGAGAUGGAGCAAACAAGAUUUCUUGCCUGAGGAGUCCUUCCAAAGCUGGAACAACUACGUUUCCGCCCUUUCUCAAACACGGCUAAGGUUCAAGGACCGUCUCUUAGCAAGAUCAGAUGAUGCCACUGAGACAGAGGAACUCAAGAAACAAAGUGAGCAUGACAUGAAACGUUGCCUCAACUGGUGGGACCUCAUAUGGUUCGGUUUUGGCGCGGUGAUCGGAGCAGGAAUCUUUGUGCUCACUGGUCAACAGGCUCAUGACAGUGCUGGACCAGCCAUUGUCUUAUCCUAUGUUGCCUCAGGCUUCUCAGCAAUGCUUUCUGUUUUCUGCUACACAGAGUUUGCUGUGGAAGUUCCUUCUGCAGGAGGCUCAUUUGCUUACUUGAGAGUUGAAUUAGGAGACUUUGUUGCUUUCAUAACUGCCGGCAACAUUCUUCUUGAGAGUGUUAUUGGAAGUGCAGCAGUGGCAAGAUCAUGGACUUCAUACUUCACAAGCCUUUUGAACCGUCCAAAGAAUUCGCUGUGCAUUAAAACAAAUCUCAAAGAGGGUUACAACUUGCUGGACCCUAUAGCUUCUGUGGUUCUGGUGAUUGCUUCAGCAAUCACAAUCAUCAGCACAAGAAAAACUUCAGUUCUCAAUUGGAUAGCAUCUGCCAUCAACACUGCUGUUAUUAUAUUUGUGAUUGUUGCAGGGUUUCUUCAUGCUGACACAUCAAAUUUGACUCCGUUUUUACCUUAUGGGGCUAAAGGGGUGUUUAAGGCUGCUGCAAUUCUUUACUUUGCAUAUGGAGGGUUUGAUAGUAUUGCAACCAUGGCUGAAGAAACCAAGAAUCCAUCAAGGGACAUACCAAUAGGAUUGGUUGGGUCAAUGUCCAUGAUCACAGUGAUUUAUUGCUUGAUGGCACUCUCACUGAGCAUGAUGCAGAAAUACACAGAAAUUGACACUGGUGCUGCUUUCUCAGUUGCAUUUCAGAAUGUAGGAAUGAAGUGGGCUAAAUAUGUGGUAGCUUUUGGUGCACUUAAAGGGAUGACCACAGUGCUUCUUGUGGCGAGAUUGUCGCAGGCACGGUACAUUACUCACAUUGCGCGUUGCCACAUGAUCCCUCCGUGGUUUGCUCUUGUGCACCCUAAGACAGGAACUCCUAUAAAUGCUACACUCUUGAUUACCAUUGCAAGUGCCACCAUAGCCUUUUUCACAGGCUUGGAUGUGUUGUCAAGCUUGAUAUCGGUGAGCGCGCUCUUCGUGUUCAUGAUGAUCUCUGCUGCCCUUUUGGUGAGGAGGUACUAUGUGAGAGGGGUCACACCAAGAGAGAAUUUGAUAAAGCUAGUUAUCUUUUUGGUGCUCAUUAUUGCUUCCUCAAUUGGAAUUUCAGCUUAUUGGGGACUUAGGCCUAAUGGUUGGAUUGGAUACACUGUGACUGUUCCUAUCUGGUUCUUGGCAACACUAGGGAUGCAACUUUUUUUGACUCAGCAAAGGGUGCCAAGAGUUUGGGGUGUUCCACUUGUUCCAUGGGUGCCAUCUUUGUCAAUUGCAACAAAUGUAUUCCUCAUGGGGUCUUUGGAGUAUGAUGCCUUCAUAAGAUUUGGGGUGUGCACUGUGGUAAUGCUGAUCUAUUACUUUUUCUUUGGCCUCCAUGCAACUUAUGAUAUGGCUCACCCACAAGAGAAGCUGCCAUCCAAAGUUGAAUACACAGAACAUAAAAAAUGAAGGGCCUUAGAUAUGUGUACUCUAUCUGUUUGUAUUUUGAAUUUAGAUUUCCCUUCCACAAUUCCACUAGUUAAAUGAAAUUCUACACCAUAGUAAGCCUUGAAUCCCAAAAUGAGGGUCAUAUUAUUUGAUUAAAAUAGAAGAAGUGAAUUAAUAUAAGCAGACUGAUGUUUUAAUUCAUUUA